AUGCCAACAAAAAAAAUAUCCUCUCCGAUAAAGUUAAUUGAAAAUGAUACAAACUCAGCAAACGUAUUUGCUGUAGAUAUUACAUUGGAUGCAGAAACAACUACUUCAAAACCAUUGGCAAGAAAAAAAGAUCUUUGUGAAUGUGUGUCUAUGGUUCAUAGAUUUGAUAGAUCACCUUCUAGUAUACUAUCUAAUGAAAAUGGAAUACAUAUAAAUAAAAUCACAGAGAAUAAUACGUUCAAUAAGCUACCAAUACCCAUCGUUGAUUCAUUUGCUGAAAAUUUCAUUAUCAAGACUUCCGUUGGCUCGAAUAAAAGAAAUGAAAUGCAUUUCAUUGACAUAAAUAUUUAUAAAGAAUUAUAUGUAAGAGAUGGUAUUUCGAUUUUUGAAAUAUUUCCAUCUAUAAAAAAAUAUAAACCAAAUAGUUAUUUGAACGCAUUUGCAUGUUUACCGAACGAUCAAUCAUAUUAUUAUUGUCAAGUUGUAGAGAAGGGAGGGAAAUGUUGUGCUUAUAAAUAUAAGAGUACAGAAUUUAAAAGACCUUUUAGAAGGAGAAACGAUGCACUUAAUAAGCAUUUUGCGAGACAUCAUUUAAAAGAUGCAAAAGAUGAAACCCUGCAUUCUAACUUAAACGAAUAUCAAGCAUCAAAGUUAUUAGAAAAAAGUAGAGUAUUGCAGAAUUCAAUACCGCCGAAAGAAAAUCAUAAUUAA